GGGCUGAUAAUCCUGUUGGCACAUAUCCAAAUCGCCGUUUCUUUGAAAUGCUACACUUAUUCAUCAGAAGACAUGCUACCUAGAAAAACUCUACGAAACGCUCCGUUCUGCACUUUUACAAUGACAAGUCGGUGCCGUUCAGGAAGCUUCGCUGAAGGUGGCCCAUGGAUUUCAAAAAAGAUAAAGGACGGUUGCAAAAUUAUGCGCGAAAAGGUGUUUUUAUGCACGUGUUCAUCCAAGGACUACUGUUCAAGUGAUCGCAAACUUAUAAUGGAUCUGUGGAAAAAAUCUCCCGACUAUCGCGAAAAAAGUAUAUAUACAUCAUGCUUAGAAAAUCUUGCAGAAGUCCAAAUGAAAAACAAAACAGUUGGUUCAAAAAGUAAACUCGAGCGUGAUGAAGACGAUGACACCGGUAUGUUUGACUAUGAUUUUUCCAAAAGCAGAAAGAAGAAAAAGUGCACAUUCAAUAAAAUACAGGAUUAUCUCACCGUCCUGUUUGUGACAAUCAACGCUGCACAGCUAUAAAACUUCUGCAAAAUCAAGUAUACACAAGUUUUCCGCGAAAUUCCAAAUUCCUGCUUGUCUAUUGUUAGAGUUCCAACG